GGCACAGGUGGGGGCACUGCUGGGAACGGGUGGGCGGGGCUAGUGGGCGCACUGCUGGGCGGAACUUGCGGGUGUCACUGCUGGGCACCGAUCAUCAGGGCACUGAUCAUCAGUGCCCUGAUGAUCGGUGCCGAUCCCCGCUCUGACAACUGCCGGUUCUCGGCAGUACUUUCCUCACGAUCUGACAGCUGCCGGUUCGUGGCUGCACUUUCCUCACGCUGUCAUAUCGUGAGGAAAGUACUGCCGAGAACCGGCAGUUGU